AUGAAUGGAAAACUCCUUUUCCUGGCUGCCCUUGCAUUAGUCCAGGGUAGACCACCAGAAGACGAAGAUCCUCAACGCAACGAGAACUGUCCAGAAGACCAGCAGCACUUCUUGCUGCCUCACGAAAGUAACUGCACCAAGUUCUACUACUGCGAAUAUGGACUGAAAUAUCCGACGCCAAGAGACUGCGCGCCUGGAACCCAUUUCUCUUUUGAACUACAGAUUUGUGACUUGCCAGAAAAGGCUGGUUGCGUAAAUAAGGGAAUAUCAGGAUCAGGAAAUGAUGAAGAUGAUGAUGAAAUUGGCAACAAUAAUGCAGUUGAUAUGAUAGAGGAUGGUGGAAAUAGAAGUAUUAAUGUAUCAAAUACACAAAACGGAGACGCAGAUGAAGCUAAUUCGAGAACAGGACGCAGUGGCAGUAUGUCCAUGUUACCGAAUGGUUGUCCCUCCUACCACAUUCACUACCUUCUUCCUCAUGAGAGCGACUGCACGAAGUUCUACUAUUGUGUUUACGGUAAAAAAGUUUUAAGGCAAUGCGCACUUGGACUUCAUUUUAAUCCUUCCACACGGAAUUGCGAUUGGCCUGAAGACGCUGGGUGUACUGCAAGUGGAGGAGCAAAUGGAAAUAGCGGUAACAAAGAUGACAUCAGUAACAUUCUAGAAAGCAAUAGUAAUAGAGAAACAACUUGGCUACCAAAUGGUUGCCCAUCCAGUAUUCACAUUCACCAUCUUCUUCCUCACGAGAACGAUUGCACCAAGUUCUACUAUUGCGUACGUGGAGAAAAAGUUAUGAGGGAAUGUGCACCGGGAACUCACUUUAACCCUACCUUGCAGGUUUGCGACUGGCCUCGAAACGCCGGAUGUGCAUCUGGAGGUGGCGACAACGGAGGAUCAGGAGGUGAUAAUGGUGGCGGUGGAACAACCUGGCUACCGAAUGGUUGUCCAGCCAACAUUCAUAUCCAUCACCUUCUUCCACACGAAAGCGACUGUACGAAGUUCUAUUACUGUGUACGAGGAGAAAAAGUUGUUAGAGACUGUGGCCCAGGAACUCAUUUCAAUCCUACAUUGCAGGUAAUGGAGGAGAAAACGGUGGAUCAGGAGGAGAUAAUGGAGGAUCAGGUGAUAAUAAUGGAGGAGGAACGACAUGGCUACCGAAUGGUUGUCCAGCCAACAUUCAUAUACACCACCUUCUUCCACACGAGAGCGACUGUACGAAGUUCUAUCACUGUGUACGAGGAGAAAAAGUUUUGA